AUGAAAGCCGAUGAAGAAAACACUGAGGAAAAAAUUAACGAAAAAGACAAACCGAAAAACCUCGAAGUCACAUCUCUUGUGUCCAGUGCUCCAUCGUCCUCAAAAAUACGUACUGUCACCGCAGAAAUACAAGAAACCAUAAACAAAUGUACGAAAAGAUCCAACAGUUACAUUGAAAAUAAAUAUAAAUGCACUAUCACUUCGGAGAGAUUAGCUCAAUUGAGAAAAAUUGUAGAGAAUGCGACAAGGGAUCACAAAGUUUUUUCAAUCAAAGGUGGUUGGCCAGUUAUACGAAGAGAACUACUGAAACGAAAUUGGCUAGAAAAAAUUGAACAUGCAGGGAAAAUUAAAUAUUCAAAUCUAGAUGAAGUGACCAGUAACUUGCCAAAAAAGCAAGAAUGGGAAUCAACUCAAAGUUACGUUGAGAAAUGCGAAAAAACGGUGAUGUCCAGAAUGCUUCAAAACUAUGACGUUGAUUUCUACUGGAGUAUGCGAAAGGACCAAAGUGACCUUCAACAUAGAGGGAACGCUUUUAAAUUGAUAAAUCGUUUCAGCAGAUCAUUAUUUGCGUCCAAGGAAGGACUAGCACUGCUUUUGCAACAGGCUUAUUGGUAUACUGAAGCGGGAGUGUCUAGUAUUAAUUUUCCAAGAGUUUAUCUUCUCGGAUUUCCAGAUCACUACAACUUAUUUGUGGAUGAUUUUCGCAUGUCAGCGUGUAUGGGGCUAUUAAAAUGGUUCGUAGAAAAGUACGAAAAAGGCAGUAAGCGUGACAUUCAGUCUCCAGAAGGAAAAGUACCUUUUUCUGCCCUACAAUUUGCCAUAGAUAGGUGUACAGAUUACAUAGCUAUCCAAAAACAUAUAGACAUAGAUAAGGAUUUUCCUCGCAUUUGGGACCAUGAAUGGGAACAAUUUCUAUCCAACUACUAUUUAAUCGUACAUGGAAAUGAGUUAUUUAUCGAAUUCACUGAACCAAUACAAUCUGCUUAUGCCAAAUCCAAGUCCAGUCUGAAAGACAUGAGCAAAUACUGGCCUCAGUACGACAUCGAUGGCAUGAAGAAUAUUUGGAUUCUCAAACCGGGUAACAAAUGUAGAGGGAGAGGAAUUCAACUUGUGAAGAAUAUCUCUUCCGUGGAUAAAGUAAUGGGCCAAAAAUUAAAAUACGUUGUCCAAAAGUACAUAGAAAAACCUUUAAUUAUAUACCAAACGAAAUUUGAUAUCAGACAGUGGUUUAUGGUGACGAACGUUCAGCCACUUACCAUAUGGAUGUAUAGAGACUGUUAUUUACGAUUUAGCAGCCAAAUGUUUGAUUUGAACAAUUUCCACGAAUCGUUGCACUUAACAAACCACGCCGUACAGUGCAAAUAUACCAACAUGCAACAGAGGGAUAAAGCCCUGCCUGACGACAACAUGUGGGAUUGUCAGAUGUUCAAAGCAUAUUUAAAAAAAAUUGGUUGCAUGGAAAAAUGGGACAAUGUUAUUUAUCCUGGCAUGCAGCAGAGUAUAAUAUGUGCCAUGCUAGCUAGUCAAGACACCAUGGAUCGGAGGCAAAAUACCUUUGAAAUAUACGGAGCUGAUUUUAUGGUAUCUGAGGAUUUCAGACCUUGGUUGAUUGAAAUUAAUUGUAGUCCAGACCUCUCUUUCUCCACAAAAGUUACCAGCAGGUUGUGCUCACAAUGCAUGGAAGAUAUCAUAAAAGUGGUAAUCGACAGAAGACGCGAUCCAACCGCAAACACAGGUUUGUUCGAAUUGGUGUACAAACAGAACUUCCCUAGAACGCCUCCGUACUUAGGAAUGAAUCUAUCCGUACGGGGAAGAAAAAUAUUCAGAAGUAAAAGCAAAAUAAAAAGCGAAAAGGAAAAAGAGAAAGAGAAGGAAAAAACACUGGUACGACUGAGAAAACCAGAUUUUUUAUCUGCAGUGGUAAACAAAUCAGUUUUACCUAAUUUAAUAUCGUCGAGUUCUUACCGGGGGCCAGUUAUAGAGGACUUCAUACAAGAACUUCACAAAUCUGCCAACGACAAGGAGGGGAUAGAGUUCGUGCCGCCAAUGAAAAUAAACGAUAAAAUCAAAACUGCGGGAUCCAAACCAGAAAGGCAAAACGCAAAAGAAAACAAUAAAAAGGAAGCAAGUAUUAAUAAUUAUAUAGAUUUAUUUAGUGAGUGGUCCUUGAAAAGUAAAAUACCCUGUGAUAUCACGAAGCAUCCUUGUGAAGAUUUGUGGGAAAAGGAAACUCCCCGCAAGACUGUAUUAAUGGUAUUCGAGACUGUGAAACAGAUUAGACAGGUAUAUGAAAGAAAAUUAACGAAGCACUGGCGCAUACUACGCAAUUUGAGGGAACACUUCACCGCGACUGAAGAGGCGUUUACAGAGAUACCAUUAAAUAUGUCGACAGUGAAGAACGGCGAAACGUUUGGAAGCAUUGGAUGCGACCAGUUGCAGAUGCCACUUCGGAACGUAUAA